AUGUCUAAUCACCAGUCAUCGCAAGCCUGGAAUCAGAAUUCUUGUGGGCAGAGCCCUCACAACAUGAACCAUUCGAUGCUGAAUUUGAACGACGAUUACGCUAAUAUCUUGAGUAACCUGGCCCAUGGCAGCCCGCCGGUGUUAAAAGAAAGUUCUAAUAUUGGCCAGGGUCUGCAAAAUGCAUCAUCACCAGUCCAAAAUGCCCGUUCAGGUAACGAGAAACAGCCAAACUUGGACUUGUUACUGCAACACUACCAGGAGCUGUUCAGUCGCUCUAACGGAGCCAAUAGCAGCAGCACCGCCAACACCAACACCAACACCAACAACACCAACACCAACACCAACACCAACAACAACAACAACAACAACAACAACACCAACAACAACACCAACACCAACAACACCAACACCUACUUCAAUAAAAAUAACGGGCCAACCGGUAACAAACAUGGACAGGACGUGCCAGAACCGUCAAAUCCAGGCCACGGUUCCAACAUUAGCGCCAAGGCACUAGCAGCUCUCGAACAAAAGUCGGUCAUAGCAGAAGACCCCUGUGAUCAUUGUCGUAGAAGACAAAUAAAAUGUGUUAUAGUCCCAGGUUUGGCUAACUGCGUGCAAUGCGAAACAAAGGGGAUAAAGUGCGUAUAUUCAAAAUCCCCAGUAUCGCACCAAAACAUGGAUACUUCUCGAGACGCCUUCAAGCGUAAUCGCGUGGAUGAAAACGUCAACGUCCACGAGCUCCUGAAACGCUCUAAAGUCAAUGCUGGCCAUGAAGGCAUUUCCGAAAACUACACGGACUUACUCCGAAGUUUGGACCAGGUCACGAGCGAGAAGCACAAAAGGAACUCUGACAACCUCAGUGCUUCCGCUAUGGGCAAUUUGUCUAGUCCCUACAUGAUGUUUGACUCUCCUGGUCAGAACGACCCAGCCAAGAGCUCGGCCAAUAGCAUUCAGACAGGGGCGUCGCCCUCUAACUUUUCGGCCAGCACAAACUACAAUAACGGUCAGCAGAAAAUGACACAUACUCAACCCCCCAUCCAAUACCCUCGGUCCUCGUUUUACGUUGGUCCCACAUCCGUGUUUGACAUUAAUCUGGUUAACAAGGUAAAACUGGAUAAGAUAGAUCAAGUGCAAUUGUCUAAGACGCUAGCUCUCCGAAAAGUUGCUCCUAAUGUGCAGUUUCUACUCAGGGAUGAUCUUAAUCAGUCGCUGUACAUGAAACAAGAACAGGAAGUUGACAUGGUGGAAAAACUUGUCCACCCACAUGGCAAAAUACUGGUUGACAUUUUCUUCAAGUUGAUACAUCCUCAAUUUCCAAUUUUACACGAGCGGGUUUUCUUGGAAAAGUACUCGAGAUCUUACCGUGAACUCACUGCCCCUCUUCUUGCGGCAUUGUACUCUCUUUCGUUGCAAUGGUGGGAUUUUCAUCCUCAGCUCGUCGGAUUUGCGAAACCAGAUGUAACUGACCAGUUGAAUAAGAUUGCAUUGAGAACUUUCUUCGACGUGAUAGAGAGGCCGAAGCUAAGUAUCAUACAGACGGGUUUGCUCAUUCUACAGUGCCGUAGCGAGAACUCGAGUAAUUGGGCCAUAUGUUCCGAGGUCGUGGCACUAGCUGAAGAUCUUGGUUUGGGUGUGGAUUGUCAAGACUGGAGACUUCCUCGUUGGGAGAGAGGUCUUAGAAGACGGUUAGCAUGGGCCGUAUGGUUACAAGAUAAAUGGACAUCCAUGAUUGAGGCUAGGCAUUCUCACCUAAUUCUAGGUAGAAAUUGGCUGGUAAAAAUGCUUACCGACGAAGACUUUCCAAGCAGCUCACCAGUUAUAAGUAGCGCAACAGGCGGCUUUCAGUUCAACAGCCAAAUGCUUAGAGACGUUACAAGCCCAGUGGGUGGUAGAUCCAUGUUAGAUCUGUCGCCCACUGAGGAGGAUUUCAAAAAUACCAAGAUCAUGUUUCAGUAUAUGAUUUCUUUGAGCAUUAUAUUAGGAGAAGUGCUGGACACCUUUUACACGCUGGGGGCACUUCAAACUGUCACGCGAAUCGAAGAAGUACUCAAGCUUGCAAAGCCGUUGCAGCUAAAAAUGCGGGAAUGGUAUCACUCCUUGCCACCUCAACUUUCGAUGAACUUCUUUCAGGAAAGAAAAUUCAACAGUAAUGCAUCUCUGACCCUCUCGUAUUUUGCUGUUGAAUUGACUCUCCAUAGAAAAAUCAUAACUACUUUGAGUAAUGGUUCCUCUCCCGAACUUGUUCAGGUAUGUCGUUUAGCAGCAAAAACGAGGCUAGUGGCAGCGAUAGAGUUUGUACGUGACUUGAAGUUCGAGCACAUCAAUUCGUUUUGGUACACUGGCUCUACGGGCAACCUCACUUUAAUCGGUACUUUUGCUGCGCUGCUGUAUGUUACAGCUCCCACAAAAGAAGAAGCGGCCAUUUUUAGAGACUGCUUGAGAAACUACGUGUGGAUUUUGAGAAUGAGUUCCAAGAGCUUUGAAAAAGCUGGACAUGGUUUGAAAAAGAUUCACAUGCUACUGGCCCAGAUUCCAGGCUUAUUGACCGACGACAUUAGCCCUCCGCAGCACCAGCAGCAUAAUCUUAAUCCUUUAUCAACUCUCUCGCCGUUAGUGCACCAACAAGAAGUUCAACAGCAUUUCGCACCUUCGUUGGCUCAGAGCCCACAUGGCUCACAACCUGCUGUCAAUCAACUGAAGGGCUUAAGGCCAGAUAUUCUUCAUCAGCUAACUAACAUCCAAGGGAACAUGCCCAUGAUUGGCGACUCCCAAAAUGCAGCAGACCAGAAUGGAUUGAAUAAAGCACCAGUUGACGAAGGCAGAGACGGGAAAAACAUGGGACAGGAUUCAAACCGUAUCUCGCCCGCGGACUCUUCGCCCGGGGCGAAAGCAUCGCCCAAAAAAGGCGCCAACGUGGAAGGCGACACCGGGUCUCCAAACAUGCCUUUUAAAAGGAGGAAAGAAGGAGGCCAAUCCUCGGACAGGCCCACUAGGAUGGUAUCGAAAUCAAAAGUGCUCACACCGCAAAGCGUUACCGAAGCCAAUGGAAGAAGCAGUAAAUCAACGAUUUCGAAUGAUGAACAUCCGCAAUCUGGCAGUGUAUUUGACUCGCAAAAUCAAGAUCUUCAAGUCUCGCCGAGGUCAACAGAGGAGCCACAAAAUAAAGAUACAGCAGCGGUACCGGAUGGCUCAUCACCCAGUCUGUUUUCGAAACAAAAUGGAGACGGACAACCGACUCCAGGCAGUCAACAGGAAGUUAGUCAGGAAAAAUCAGAUUCGAAUGACUAG